CGCAUGCGCGAUUGCCACAUACACUUUAAAAGCACUUUGUUGCGGAAUCUGGUUAUUCCGGGAGGGAAAACCAGAACUAUGGCUAAAGCGGGACACCUUUUGUGGAUCACUUCGGUCUGCUGGAUUGCAUCAUGGAUAAGUGGAGCUGAUGCACAGCAUCUGAUCGCAUAUAUCUCGCAGAGGGGUCUGCAUGGAGAGAUUACUUUUCGGCAAAUGAAUGCCACCACGGUGGAGAUCAAGGCCAAUCUGGAGGCCACUCUGCAGUAUCCCGACCAGGUGUGGAGUUGGGCAGUACGCAGAUUCCCAGUGGACUACUCCAAUACCGAUCCCGAAGAGCGCUGCGAGCUAAGUCGCUUGGGAUCCCAAGUUUUAUCCUUCGAUGAGGACCUGGAGUACCUGGUGCUACCUGGAAAUGAGACUUCCACCUGGGAGCGCAACAUGCAGCUGAUUGGAGACCGAGGGAUUUGGGGCAAGUCGCUGGUUCUCACGGAGGUUAACUCUAAUUUCCGGAUUUGCGCCACCAUCACCACCAUCCAAAGUUCCGUAGAGCAUAUGGCGGAGGCUCGUUUCAACACACCCGUAGCGGGAUCUGUCCACUUACGUUGGUUGGCUCCAGCGGAGGGAGCUGUGGGAGAUACGUUGAUCUACUCGGAUCUUUACCACAUCAGGGAGCAACCACCUGCUCUGGAGGAGGAUAAAAGUCAAGCUGGACCCUUCACCCAGCAUCACUGGAAGAUCUUUGUGACGGAUAUCUUCAAACAUGAUCACCAUCGCACGGAGGACAACUGCAACUUCCUACAGCUGGUCUUCGAUCCCCAGGGUGGUGGAGCUGGCAAGGGAAUCGGUGAUCUGGAUGCCCGACUAGGCAGGAUUGGAGUGGCCAAGAACGCCCUCCGUUCGCCACAACGCAGUGUUUUCAGGGACGCCCAGCUGGCCCUGUUGCCCUCGGAUCUUACCAUUCCACAUAGGACUCUGUACCUGGUACUUUUUGAUAACCAGCAUCCGGACUCGUAUCUGGCUUGCACCAAGAUUCGUCAUGUUCAACCGUUGACUUACAAAACUUUCAUCAACUCUGGUGGAGUCAAGGGAGAGGUCACCUUCACUCAGCGCUCCAAAUUCGACCCUACUUUCCUCAAUUUCACCUUGGGAGCCCCACUUUCCCAGCGUGUGAGUCGCAAGUUUGCCGAAGAUGUGGCCGCCUUCCGGAUUCACAGCCUGCCACCAGUGCCCCAGAGGAUGGGUCACGAGGACUACUGUUGGACCACCGGGGAGAUGCAUAAUCCGCGGAAUAUAAAUGAUAACAUACCACCUCCUGGCUAUGGAACCCAGGAGCAGUAUCCCCUGGGCGAUCUCUCGGGGAAACUGCAGGGUCGCAAUAAGGGUUACUUCCAUCAGUAUGUCUUGCCAGGAACGAGCUCCGAGUUGAAUGGCCUCUACUGGGAUGUCUUCCUGCCCCUUCAGGGGCGGCAUAGCAUAGACCAAAGGAGCCUGGUCAUCUACACCUUCAAUCGAACUGAUGUUUCCAAGAUUACCCAGAUGAUCUGGGGUUGUUCCAGCCUGGGACAAUAUCAAAGGAAUGGUAUAUAUCAGCAGAACAUGGUUACAGCUCAGGUUCUUUUCCGUUACCCAGUGGUGGGUCGUGUGAUCUUCCGGCAGCCGGCGGAGCAGCCCUGGCAGGAUACCACCGUGCUCUUUGAGUACCUCAUCCAGGCGGAUGGUUCCACCCAGAAUACCACCCAUGAUCAUCGUUGGGCAAUCCACAGCAAUGCACCUGGAAAGGACUUCUACGACUGGCAGCAGAGGUGCAUCUCCGCAGGACCUGUCUUCAAUCCCUUCCGAGUGGACUGGGGCAAUCGCAGUGUAGAUGACUUGUGCCAACCCAGCUUACCCUCUAUGUGCCGAAUGGGAGCCAUGGAUGCUAGAUCGGGAACCUUAACCAUCGCUGGAGGAAGAAGGGUGGCCCAGAAAAUAAGCCGAAGGAUGUUUGUAGAUGGUAAUCUGCCGCUCUCUGGAAGGCACUCAAUCCUCGGUAAGUCCCUGGUUAUUUAUGAGGAUAGUGGUCCCAAAGCAAGAGGGGAGAGAUUGGCCUGCUCCGCGGUGAUUGGACAUUUCCGGCGGAAAGUGGUGGCCAAGGAGUGGUAUGCCAAUGGAGAUCCCCUGACUGUUAGUGGUCGUGUGGAGAUUACCCAGCAAUCGGAGUACGAUGUCAGCAAUGUGGAGGUGCAGCUCAAGGGAUUGCAGGAUAAUACAGGAUAUCAUAUACACAGGACCCCAGUGGAAGCCAAUCUGGCUUUUCCCUGCGAAGCUUCCACUUUAUAUGGCCACUGGAAUCCUUUCGAAGUCAAUCCCAAAUCAUCACCGCCCUCCAAAAGGGGAACAACCGAUCAGUACGAGAUGGGAGAUCUGAGUGGAAAGUUUGGUGGUCUUGAGGGAGUCACCCAGUUCGAGGAUGCCUACAAUGACACUAAUCUUCCGCUCUUUGGCUAUAACAGCAUCAUUGGAAGAUCUGUGGUUAUUCAGAAGAAACAGAAGAAUGCGCGUUGGGCCUGCAGUACCCUAGAGCGUGGUUAUAGUCCCAGUGAGGCUAGGGAACUCAGAGCCAUUGCCUCCUUCCAUCAUCCCACGGGAUAUGCCUAUGGUUAUAUAAAGAUGACUCAGUUGAUACACAAUGAUGGUAGCCAAUCGGAGACGGUGAUUGAAGUUAAGUUGCGCCAUCCGGGCAAAAACGAUAGGAACUCGACGAGAAACCACAACUGGCAGAUCUUCGUUAAUCCCGUGGGCGUGGAUGCAGCCGUAAAACCCACCAAUACACGAUGUGUAGCUGGAGGAUACGUUUGGAACCCAUACUACACACAACUGGCAGAUCCUUUAAAUCUGGAUCUCUAUGAACAGGAGUGCAGUCCGGAUAAUCCUUUGCGCUGCUACGUUGGCGAUGUCGGAGCGCGUUUGGGAACUAUAGAUCUUGGAGGCGAAAGAGUAGUCCUCACUGACUCCAACUUCCCCUUGGAAGCUCCUGUAGGAGCCAUUGGCCGUUCUAUUGUGAUCUUUGGGCCUGAUAAUUCCCACGAGAGGUUCGCCUGUGCAAAUAUAGAGCCCGAUCACAAUGUCAUUAAAUACAUAAACCUGCAAAAGCCACCUCGAUUUGUGGUUGCCCAGUUUCUGGAGGAGUUAAGAACCGUGAUGGGUAUUCCAGAGUGGAUGUUGGAUGUGGAUGCCCGAAAGACCAAGGAACUUCAUGGUGGCGCUUGCAUCCAGAUGAUCAUCCACUUUAAGGGACCUCUGGCCCACCGAUUGGAGUUGGAUAUGUCACGAUUGAUAGCCGCCGGGAGACUGGAUGCCCCUAGUCUGUUCAUUCCAGGUUAUGUGAACCAAAAGAGAAAGUCGACCAUCUCAUAUCGCACCUGUGGUGUAAGGGAUACCAAUGAGAAACGAACCAAGAACUUCAGGGGUAGCUUUUAUUCCAAAAGCUCAGCUCCAGCCGAACCAAAGCCUUUUGUGUUAGCUUUCGUAGUCAUUGGCUUAGCCCUUAGGUUCCUCUAAAUUAUACAACUAGUGUUAUUUUGUCAAAUACUCAAAUCGAUUCCGUAGUCACUAGCUUAGUUUCUAGAUUUUUGUAAAAUUGAAAGCUUUUCUUAUGUUUUAAUUCCUGUAAAUAUUAUGUGUACAGUAAUUAUUAUCAAAAUUGUUGUUUAAUAGGUAUUAAAUUUAGUCAAUAUACUGCACUCUAAAA